CGACAAGCAAUCAUAUUUGUUCACACGGCUCUAGAGGCGCCUAUCCGCCACCAGCCGGCAGCUUCCGGAGCUCUGUUUGACGCGGCUUCAGGCCAGGCAGCCCGUUUCGACUGAUCGCAGCAUCGCCUGCUGUGUGUCGGCGUGUCUGAGUGUGUGAGAGUGAGAGUGUUUGACGGCUCACGGCAUGCCGCUGGCGGUACAGCAGCAGCAGGACCAGCAGGGAGAGGGGAGGGAGGGGGAGGACGACAGCGAUGAGGUCGACGAGGAGCAGACACCCAGCAAGGCCGUCGCCAUUCAAGACUGCGCCGUGUAAGCCAGCAGGCAGGCACUCUGGCGGGGAGCGGCGAUGUCUCUGACGCUCUGUGUCAUUCACUCAUUUAUUCAAUGUGUGUGUGAUGUGUGUGGUGUGUGCGCGUCAGUCGGUUCAUCAACUGUCUGCCCCGUGAGGAGCUGGAGAAGAGGAUGAGCAUGAUGUUCACCUUCCAGGUGGGUCGGUGGUGCGCCGGGAUGGCAUGGCAUCGUGUGUGUGAGAGCGAUGGGAUGGGAUGUCGGUCCCACGUGUGUGGUCUGAUGAUGUUAUGUUGUCCAUCACCUUACUUACAGGAGGCGUAUUGGUGGUACAAGGACAUGUGGUGCGACAAGUACCCCGAGCUGCCACGCCUCUCCAUGGUGGCCUUCGGCAAGGAACUAGUCGAACAAUCUCUGGUAGGCAGCCACCACCAAGGUCAUCUUCAUUCAUAUGAAUCGAUGUUGGGUGUCUGGUGAACGACUGGUUUGUUGUCUUGUCUGUCUGUCUAUCUGUCUGUCUGUCUGUGCGUCCGUCAGGCCCUCAAGUCGAUAUACAAGACGCAGAAGGAGGUGGAGCUGCUGCAUGACGAGUGGCGGCGGUACGUGCGGCUGGUGCCGGUGCGGGGAGGCAUCCUCCUCAACGACAACAUGGACAAAACCGUCAUGGGUAUGUGUGUCACACACACACACACAGAGCAACAUGCGCACAGGAGGAGAAGGAGAUCUGUGUGUGUGUGUCUUGUGAUGUCGUUGUGCAGUGCAAGGUUACAAGGGGUCUGACUGGAUGUGGCCGCGUGGCAAGAUGAUCGAGGGCGAGCGGGACCACGACUGCGCCGAGCGGGAGGUCGAGGAGGAAAUCGGCAUCAGAACAUCACACCUCAUCAACCCAGAUGUAAGCCACGCCACGAGCAGACAGAACACACACUCGAGACCAAGCCCGCCUCUUUGCUCUGGCCGUGUGUGUCAGCAAUACAUAGAGAGGCUCAUAGAUGGCCAGAGUGUCCGCCUCUACAUCAUACCUGGUGGGCUAACAGAACGGACAAAGCAUGAGCGUCACCGUGGUGCGCACACGUGUGUGUGUGCAGGUGUUGCGGAGGACACCAAGUUCGAGCCCAAGUGUCGCAAGGAGAUCGGCAAGAUACGGUGGAUCCAGCUCAAGGACUUGCCGAACUGGAACGUGUUCCAGUCUGGGUACGCAGCCAAAAGCACACCACUAACUCACUGACACGCGAACCCAACAACCAAGGCGCUCUGUUCUCACCGACCGUAUCAUAUCCAUCAGGUCGGUGAAGCAGCGUUUCUGGGCGGUCAAGGAGUUCACCCGUGACCUGCGUGAUUGGGUGGAGCGGCGGCGGCGGGCGCUGAGCCUGAGCCAGCAGGAGCGGGCCGCAUCCAGGCGGCCCAUCAAGCAGACCACCAUGAAGGAGAUCCUUGCCACUCUUCAGAAACCAUUCGACGCACCGACGCACCACCGCAGCCCACAACCCCAGCAACAACACACUGACGGGGCAUCAGGCCCAAGCCCUUCCCGGCCGAUGGAGAACGGCGUUGCAGCACCCUCCUCCUCGUCAUCCUCUCGCCCGUCGCCCCCUCACCAGUCGGAGCACAUCAAUCGCAUCAUGUGGAUGCUAGAGAACUCCACCAAGCGUUCCGGCGGGACGCUGCGGAGUCUCGACGACGACUUUACGUCCUACUACGAGGACUCAUUGGCGGCCCCCCCUCCCCCGCCCCCCAACGCCAUUCCCAUCUCCCGCAUCGAAAGCAGGGGAUGGGGCAACGACGAUCACGAAGACAUCGGCAGCCCCGUCAACCCUCACACGGCUAAGCCGCGCAUUCGGAACGCCCUCAACGGCUCAGCUGCUGGCGCCGAGUUGUUCAUAGGCAGUGGCGGCGACCGGCCGCCGUCACGGGGGCGCAACGGGGAUGAGGACAAUCUUCUCAGUGCGCUGGCCGACCUUCGGGGCGGCCAGCCAGCAGCAUCGGACAGUGAGGGCCCUGUGAUUCUACCCGUGCCGGGCCGCCGACAGUCCGCCUGGGGGGCGGGCAAGGCCGGCGGCGCUUCGCCCAAGGAGAGCAAGAAGGACAAGGACGGCCGCAGCAAAAAGCCUGGGAGGGACAAGGACCGGGAGCUUGCUGAUCGGGAGCCGCCGAGUCGGCUGACGAGCCAGGGGUCGUUCAAGGGAUUCGAUGACAUGGCGAUCGUCAAGGGGCUGUCGGGGCGGCGUCAGGAGAUUUUUGGGAUCAUCGAGUCCACCAGGCCAGGCAAGACGCGCUUCAACAGGGCGGGCGCCAAGGCCAAGGCGAGAGCCGGCAGGGCCCAGCAGACACAGGCACAUGUCUCGGCAUCCAGGGCCGACGGCAACGACCCCACUGUCCUCGACGGCAUCACGAUAUUGCCGCGGCCGGACGUUGCGGGGCGGGGCGGCAAGGGCAAGAAGGACAAGGGCGGCCAGGGGCAGGCCAAUGGUGUUGGUGUGAGGGGUGGCUCGACAGCGACGCCUAAGCCGUCCCCUGUGUUGGGGCCCCUCGGCGAGCCCUCUGGUGUGGUUGGGGCAUCAGCUGUUGGCAAAGGAGGUGCGGGCUUGACCAGUUUGCUGAGCCAGAUAGGCGUCUCGCGGGAUCGCAUCAGCGUCGGGCGGGUCGUGUCGGGCGACAGUGAAGGCAACAAGCCCUCCACACGAACUGACAGGUCGGUCAGCAGCCAAUGACACGCACACAGAGCCUAAAGCAACAGGUGUGUGUAUGUGUGUCUGUCUUGCUCACUCAAUCAGUGUUGAGAUGCGGCGUGGUCGUGACCGUCUGGCCUCGGACAUUCCAGCGGCUGUUGCCGGCAGCCCGUCUACCAACGGCAACUCUGCGAGCGGCAGCCAUCUGCUCAGUCUAGUCGGAGGGGGCGCUGGGGGCCGUGCACCGGACCCCCUGCCAUUCAGCUCCACCUCACACACCACCACCAUCCCCUCACCCCCACCAGAGAGCACCACCAAGGGCAGCGGAUCUUCAACCAUCCUCGACAUCAUCCGCCAGCACCACCGGCAGCAGAGCCAGCAAGGAAAGUCGGGCGCCCCUCCCGUCCCCCCUCUCCCCCUGCAGUCGUCAUCCCAUUCCCUCGUGCAGUCUCAGAGUGGCGGCGUUGAGUCCGACGGCGGUGCAUCGGGUGUGUCCCGUCGUGCGUCGGCGGACGCGGGCCAGAAUCUGCUGCAAGUUUUAAAGAAGGGGGCGGUGGACCGGGCGGCCACGGGUGGCAGCAGCGGCGAGGGCCGCUCGCGGGUGGUCUCAUCCAUGUCCCGCCAGGGCUCCGGCAGCAGCGAGAUGUCGCCACCUGGUGCUGUUGCUGCCGAGGCAGCACCAGGACCGCCAGUAGUAGAGGCUUUGGGCAGCCAGCAGCAGCAGCAGCAGCCGCCGCCGCAGCAGGUCCUGUCAUUCUCGCAUCCGCCUCGGCCGGUGAGUCCCGUGCGGUUCCCGCGGGCAGAAAUGCGGGCGAUCCUCGACAAGUGGCUCAAACCGGCGUCAUGAUGGUAUCGCGCACGAGUGUGCUUUGCCGUGCUGUGCUGUGCUGAUGUGAUGGGUUCAUAUCGAUACGAGUACGCGUGAGCUGAGCAGCCUGCCCGCCCGCCCGCCCGUUUGUUUGUUUGCCCGUUUGCAGUUGCUUUUGGAGGCUCGGCUCUCUUUUCGUCGGCUGCAUUUUUUGCUGUUUUGCUUUCUACGUAUGUAUGCGUCGGGCUGUAAUGUGUGUGUGUACGUAUGUGUGUACGUGUUGAGUCUGAAUCGACAUGGGAUUACCCGCUGCCCGUGUGAGCUGCCUGCCUGCCUGCCUGCUGUGGCAAGCUGUGCAUCUCAUGUAUCCGGCGUGUUCUGCGUGGUGUGUGUGUGUACCGACUGACCUGCGAAAUCGAUCCAUGGUGACUGACACGAAGAAAGCUGGCUAGGUCAGACCAACAAGAAGACAGAGGAGACGGUGGAGAGAUGGUGAAGAUGACGUCAGGGCCGGCCUCUGGGGAGAGUGCUUGCCGCUCAGUUCUGGUACGAAUGUGUGAAUGUGUGUGUGUGUGUGUGUGCACACACACGAUGCAUACAUAGAUGAGAUUCACCCACCGAUAAGUCGAUCGACGGGAGGAGGGAGAGGAAAGAGAGAAAGAGGGAGGGGCUGGAGGCAGCCAGUCAGCCAGCGAGUGAUUGAUUGAUCGAUCGAUCGAUCAGCAUUUGUACAUGCAUGGGGUCACGUGCCUCUUCCUUGUCCCCUCCCCUCCCUUUCCUCCCCUCCUCCCUUUUUCCCACGCCGUGCGCAAUCGGGCGUGUCGCAAUAUCAUUGACUGAUCGAUUGAUUGACCGGCUGAUUGCUUGUACUCGUGUGUAUGGGCGUGUGUGUGUGUGUGUGUGGGUGUGUGUGUACUCGUGUCUGUGUAGACGAGGAAGGAAGGGUGUUUUGGAGGGGCAUACAAACAUACGACUGACUGCGAUGAUGUGUUCUCUCCGGGCCGCUUUCUUGCGUCAUGGUGUCUGUCUUGUUUGUGUUGGGGUGUACACGCACACACGCACUGCUUCUGUGUGGCUGGCUGACUGGCUGGCUGACUGGAUGGCUGUCUUGACUGAGAGAGGAGGGGCAAGGACGGAUGACCAUGACGUGGCUGCAAGAUUGUUUUUCGCUGCUGCUGCUGCUGCUGGUGUGGUGCUGGUGGUGGUGCUGCUGCUGAGGGAUGGAAGAAUAUGUAACGUAACGCCUGAAGGGUGAUCCAACUGGGGAGCAUUUUCAUUUUGGCCCCGUUGAUGAUGGGUUGGCUGACUGAUUGCGGGGGCCUGUUUCUGAGGGAUGCUGUCUUGGUAGGUACACGAUGCUCUGGCCAGCCGUCUGUCUGUCUGUCUCUCCGGGUGUGCAUGUCAGUUGUGGGCCAACCAAGCUAUCUAUUUCUCCAUUCAUUCAUUCGUGUGGUGUCUGUCUGUCUCCUUCUCUCCUUGUCGCCUCGCUUGUACAUCUGUCUGUAUCAUACAUACAAUAAAUACAAUGCCAUACCAGCCAUAGAGAUGAUGAGUGAGUCUCCCCCCCACCCACCCCACAAUCUCUCUCUCGCCCCUCCAUCCAUCUGUGUGUUCUUGGUCCGGUCCAUCACAUCCCGCCCCCCUCUCCCAUCUCUGUCUGUCUGUCUGUCUGUCUGUCUCUCUGUCUGUCUGUUUGCCUGUCUGUCUGUCGUCUUGUCGAUGUCGAUAAGAGCUACGCUGAUGAAAAACUGAGUGAGAAGAAUGGCACUGAAUCAAAUCAGUUCAGCCGAGACACGGAUAUGCAUGUGCAUGUGGCAGUUUUGCGUAUGUGCGUGCAUACGUGACGUGCGACUCUGGAUGAUGAGAGGGAUGGGCCUGCGGGGCGGGGCGGGACGGGGCGACUGUGUUUGUGUUGUGUUGUGUGUGCCCCUCCUUUCAUACGUGCGCACACGACAUACACACAUCAGGUGAGGUGACAAGAGAAGACAAGAGAGAGGGGAGAGAAGAGGGGAGGGGAGGGGAGAGGAAGAGAGGUGUUUUCUUUAAUUCGAAUGCUCACCAUACAUGGCAACCGACACACACAGAGGGGCGAGAGAGUUUUCGGGUCUAUGACGUGUUGUUCGACCGGUCUGUUUUGACUGCUGGUUGCGCUGCGCUGCCCUGCCCUGCCCUGCCCUGGCCUGGCUGGCUGCUGUGCGUGCGAGAGUGAGUGCACCGCUCAUGAGCUGUGCGCAUUACAUACCUACAUACGUGGGGCACCUGAUCGAAUGAGGAUGGCCUGAGCUGUCUGUGUGGCGUGCGUGGCUGUGUGUAUGGUUGCUGGGUGGGUGGCUGUUUGUGUGUCUUGGUGAGUGUGAUGUGUGGGGUGAGCAAGUAGCUUUAUGGGAGGCUCGGUGUCUGUCUGUCGAUCAUUCAUUGAUCCAUCAGCGGAGAGGGAAUGACCAGCCUGCCAAGACAGGAAGAAAGAUCGACCCCUUACUUAUACAUAACACAAGCACCCAUCUAUCCGAUCUAUACAUAAAUACAGAGGUCAGGCCAGGCAGGCAGGCACCGAUUUGAAGGGGGGAGGGGGGGGAGGGAGGGCGACGGGCUGCAUGGCGGGGGGGCCGGGGGCUGGCUGCGCAUGGAUGACCGACUGGGUCCGGGUGGCUGUCCAUCCAUCCAUCGCCGUAUCAGUAUGACCGCACCGCACUCUAUCUCUCUUCCGUUCGUGUGCCUUCGUGUCGAGUCUCUUUCCUGUGUGCGUGGCGUGUGAUUGUGAGGGAGGGAGGGAGGGAGGGAGGGAGGCGGCCACAGACAGACACGGCCACAGAACGAUGCAGACAGGAAGACGAGAGAGACAGCACUCACUGCGUCACUGACUGGUCUGGUCUAUCUACUGGCCGAUGAGUCGAGUCGAGAGUACAGUACCUCUAUCUGCUGCUUUCUCAAAACCUCACACACCAACACCACGCCACCAUUAUGCAUCCACGCAUCCAUCCAUAUUCGGCGCUGUGCCUAUUCUUGGCUCCAGUGUCAGUCAUUCAUGUCAUUCUAACACGCCAAGUGGUGCCUCUCUGCUCGUAACGUAACGUACAGCGCUCUCUCUUUACGUGUCCAACACGACUGUCUGUCUGAUGUGUGUGAUGUCAUAGCUACAGAUCCUGUUUGCCGACUGCUUUGUCUGUGUGCUGCCUGUGUGCGUGGUCUCGUCGACUGUGUGUGCCUGCGUUGCUGGCGUCGUAUUCCCCUGACUGUUCGUUCGACUGACCGCAACAGUCACGGAAUAGGACACCAGCGAUGCAGGCGCCGACAUCGGGCCCGUGCAUGCGAUGCGGACCGUCUGUCUGCCUGUCUGUCUGUGUGCAAAGUGAUGUCGAUCAUGGCUGGCUGGCUGCUUUUACGUGGUUGGGAUGCCGUCACGUCACACCAUUACACUGCUGCCUCUCCGCUGUGCUGUGCCGCCCUCCUUGUCGGAGGCCUGCUGCCUUGCUUGUCCCUGACGAUCCCGGGGCCAUGGACAGUCAUCCAUCGACAUGUCAGACAGACAGGAAGGGCGUAGCAUCAGUCGAGGCAUGCCAACUUGUGACUGCAGAGUGGUUGCCUGGUUGGGACUGGGGAUGCACGGGGACGGAAAGGGAGUAGAAACAGUCCCGCG